AUGGCUGACGGGGCUGGCGGCGGAGCAGCGGCAACCGUCACGACACACACGGUGCUCAGCAUAGCGCGCAGCGUGGACGACGCACGCACCUCGGACUCGUCAAUCCUGGGGGCCAGCGACCCCCUGAUCCGCCGAUACCCCUCGCCCCGCCAGCGCCACCCCUCCCCCAGCGCCACCCGCGACGUGCGCGCCAGCCGCAGCCGCAGCCCGCCACCUCGGGGCGCUCGCGCCGUGCGCAGCGGUGCGGGCAAUGGGCUGAGCGGCGGCGGCCAUGGCGGCAUGUCAGCGGGCGUCGACCUCAGCGGCGUCGCGUCCUCGUGGGCGGCCUGGCUGCAGCCGACGCGCCUCGACAGGGAGGUGGCGCUCAACGCGCUCGCGGUGGCUGGCGCGUCGAUGGCGGACCCGCUGAUGUCACUGGUUGACACCGCCAUGGUGGGCCGGAUAGGCACCGCACCCCUGGCGGCGCUGGGCUCCAACGGCGCCCUCUUCAACUGGUGA